AGAGGCGCGCGAACAUGGCAGGUUGUGGUGCUAGCUGCGUAUUUUACAGAGUCCUGGUCCGGUCCGGGUCCGGGUCCGGGUCCGGGUCCAAAUCCAAGUCCAAGAAGGCGUCCUCGUCUGCCGUCUGCAGGGAAUUCGUGUUUGUCGUCCAACUGCAGCGCUACAGGAGGGACCAGGGGUCGGCCGUCUACUUCCCCAGUGCUGUCUUUAACGGUGACGACCUCUAUGACAUCACGCUGACGGAUGGAGACUGCAGACUGCGUGUGACCUUGGAUCCUGGUUUGAACCGCCUGGUGGAGAAGAACUGUCUGCGUCCUGGGACGAAGCUGUGCAAUGCUGCUUUCGCAGCCUCCCUGUCCACUCAUCUCCCACAAUCCUCUUCAGCGUCAGGACAUUAUGAGAGCUACAGACUAGUCAGUUUGGAGGUCAGAGGUCAAGUGGCAGAGGACGCAGACACACUGAGGGGACAGGUGGAGCAGUGGAACGCGUUGCCCUGGUUUGGAUCCUUUGACCCUGAAGGAUCUUUGGGUCCGCUGAGAGCUGCACGCAGCACGUUCCUGCCCCUGUGGAAUAACGUGGACUACUGCGGCCAGGUUUGGAGGGAGACUCCGCCCUCUGAGGAGGAAGGGCGGGAUCAGCAGCUUGCACGCGGUCCAGCAGUCACCGUGUCCCAACUCCGGGAGGACUUCCUCUCAGGACGUCGGGGCGCUCCCAUCCAUCAACUGAUCGUACGAAUCAUCAAGAAGUCACACCUGAUGUAUUAUGGGAAGGCAGAUGCAAGCUGUGACUGUCCAUACAAGGCCAUGCUGGAGGUGUGCGACCACACAGGAAGUGUGUCUGCAGUAUUGUGGAACAGUGUGUGUGUCAAUUGGUACCGCUGCCUGAAGCCCGGUGACAUCAUCAGCCUGCGACGCUACCGGGUCAAGAACAGCUACUUUUCCAACAGUGAUGACAUCGAGAUCAGCGUGAACAGCAGAAAUCCUGCCGCUCGCAUCGUUAUUCUCCCACAGUCCUCUGUGCCAGCGGAGCGGCGCCUGCCUGCAGCCACAUACAGCUUCUGCAGCAGUGCCGAGCUGCAGCCUGUGGCCGAUGAUGCUGUGUGUGAUGUCAUCGGGCUGGUGACCUUCUUAGGACGAGCAGAGCGAAUCAGGAGCAAGGAUGGGAUAGGGGCGGAGCUUUUGGAGUACCGCUGGCUGCGGCUGGAGGACGGAGAGAGCAGUCAGCCAAUGAUGGUGAAGCUCUUCGCCACAUCACAACCUGAAACCCACAGCAAGAUCCGCCCACUGUCGGUUGUCGUUUGUACCCAGAUGAAGGUGAUCAGACUUCCAGACCGAGCUGACGGCGGUGUCUACUUGACAAACACGACCUACACGCAGGUCUACUGCACAGGUCACCACUCUCAGAUGGACUACCAGGAGCUCCGCCCAGUGCGGCACUUCCUGCAUUGGUUGCGAGGACAGGACGACAGAUUGGUGCUGAGCCGGGCUGUGAUUGGAGGAUUCUUCAUCUACCCGCCUCCUCCCGUCUCCAUGAGGAUGUUCAUGAAGGAGAAACGAGGACAGCCAGAGUUCCUGUCGGGGGCGGAGCUUAAAAGGGAGAUAGAGAUGCUCCAAUACCGGGAGCGACGCACCUUUUGUAUUCAGGCAGCUGUCUCCACGGUGUACCAUUGUGGCAGACAGGAGGACAUGUAUCUGCUGUGGAAGGAGCCUGGAGACACUCAUCCAUCUCACCACUCUCAGCCGUCCACCUCAAACUGCCCCCCUCCCUCACCCUGCUGUUCCACUUCUGUCCCACGUCCCUCCACUCUCUCCUCCUCCGGCUCCUCAACAGCCUCUCUGGUUACAGCUGACACUCAUGUCAGGCCCCGCCCCUUGGACUGUGGCACUCAGAAGGUGAAGAAGAAGAAGCUGCUUCAGACAGAGACGCCGAGAAAGAGACAGCCGAAUGUUACAGUUCAACAACAGCAGAAAGACAAUGCAGGCACUCUCUUUGAAGCAUCCAUGGAGUUUCUUCAGAACAACAAAGAUGAUGAUGAAGACGACGAUGAUGAACAGACGUCCAUCACCGACCCCCUCCCUCCUACUGUUCAGCAUGUUGCCAUGGAGACACUUCCACUGUACUACAGCCAUUUGCUCAGGGAGGAGCAGUCUGUUGCUGUGGCAAUGGGAGGGCAGGUGACGCCCCAGAAGUUUGACUACAUCUACACGGAGUACUACACGCUGACUCUGAGAGCGCUGUCUGACAACACGCUGCUCGACACCCUCUUCCUUCCUCAGUCCUCUUUGCUCACUUGUCUCCUCCCUCAUGCUAACUCCUGGACCUCCAUCUUGUCCCAUGGGGCUUUUUCCUCACAUGCUCCUCCACCUUCACCAGCCGACCUCGUUUGCACGGCGCACCAUCUGGCCAAUCAAAGACUGAUCUGUGUCCUGGAGGCGUGUCAUCUGGGCGGAGACCACACUGAGCUCAUCCUUAGCCGAGCCUUCCUCCUGGGGGAGUGACACACCCCUCACCUCUGGUUGGUUGAUGAGGGCUCAGGCUCUGUUGGUUUUCUUGUUUUAUCUCAACAGUUUGAAUAUUUGAGAUAGUUUUGAUUUUGCACUUCUUGUAAGCCACACUUUCAAAUGUUAAUUCAGAAAACUGUUACAUGUUGCAUUUCUAUUUGUAUAUUAGAGAUAUUUUUCAUAAGUUACAAAUGUUAUUUUUUUAUUUUUGAAAUUUAUCUGUGUUGUGUUUGAAGCUCUAAUCAGUGAUGUUUGCACUUAAGUGGGCCUUUGCACUCAAACCCACAUUAUCAUGUUCUGCAGCACUUUUUUUUCUUUAACUUUGAAAAUGUGAAAGCUUUUUUUGUUGUUGAGUGUAACUUUAAAAUUAAAGUCUCAGUUUGAAGCUGCUGUUUUCUUCACUGAAACAUGUUUGUUCCGAUAAAAACGCGUUCAUAAAUA